CUGUGUUGAUAUCUUCCGCGGCCACCGCUACGACUGUGGAAAAUCUGGUCCUGGAGAGGGAGAUGGAAAUUGAGCAGGAGAGUUUCGGGUGGGCGAAAUGGAUUGAAGAGGGCAACGAGGACGAAACAUAACGCUUUGGUGCGGUGGGUGUGGAUUUACAGAGGAUGGAGGAGGAAGAAGACGAAGAGGAUAUUAAGGAAGCUGAGGCCAUUGUCCUGCAAACCAAAGCCAGUAAACGCAUUGUUUGAUUUAUAUUUGGAUGAUGAUCCGAUGGGCUGCAGGUCCACAUGGGCCAAGUUGUGCUGGGCCACCUUGGCCCAAUUCUAUUCUUUUUUGUCAAGACUCUUCUGCUGGGUUGGGUUCCAUUUUUCCAUUUGGUUUUUUCACAGUAGCAGAUUCACGAUGUCCAUGUCGUCGUCGUCGUUAUCGUCGACGAUGGAUGCUCCGGCCGAAGACCAAGUUACCGCCGCCUUACGAUUGGGCACGCCGGAGGCACUGGACCAGGUCCGCAAGCUGACGGACGUCGGAGCCAUGACUCGGAUCCUCCAUGAAUGCAUCGCUUACCAGCGUGCCCUAGAGCUCGAACUUGACAACCUCCUCUCCCAACGCACAGAUCUCGACAAGCAACUCUCCAAUCUCCAGAAAUCUGCUCAAGUUCUUGACAUCGUCAAGGCCGAUUCCGACCACAUGCUCACCAACGUUCGGUCCACUUGCGAUCUCGCCGACCAGGUCAGUGGCAAGGUCCGCGAGCUCGAUCUCGCUCAGUCUCGAGUAAAUUCCACGCUUUCUCGCAUCGAUGCAAUUGUAGAGAGAGGCAAUUGCAUCGAGGGGGUUCAGAAGGCGCUGGAGACUGAAGAUUAUGAGUCUGCCGCCAAGUAUGUGCAGACAUUUCUCCGAAUCGAUUCUGAGUAUAAGGAUUCUGGAUCGGAUCAGAGGGAGCAGCUCAUGGCAUCCAAGAAGCAGCUGGAAGGAAUUGUGAGGAAGAGGUUAGCGGCAGCUAUCGAUCAGCGGGACCACCCCACCAUUCUCCGAUUCGUUCGGCUUUUCUCGCCUCUAAAUUUGGAGGAAGAAGGAUUGCAAAUGUAUGUGAAUUAUCUGAAGAAAGUUAUUGGUAUGAGAUCUAGGCUUGAGUACGAACAUUUGGUAGAACUGAUGGAACAAUCCUCCGGAAAUCAAAGCAAUGCCAAUUUUGUUGGUUGCCUCACAAAUUUGUUCAAAGAUAUUGUUCUUGCUGUCCAAGAAAAUAGUGAGAUUCUUCGCAGUCUUUGUGGUGAGGAUGGAAUUGUGUAUGCCAUUUGCGAGCUUCAAGAAGAGUGUGAUUCGCGAGGAUCUUCCAUUUUGAAGAAGUACAUGGAUUACAGGAAAUUAGCUAGAUUGACUUCUGAGAUUAAUUCUUACAAAAACCGGCUCUCUGUUGGGGCUGCUGAGGGACCCGAUCCCAGAGAGAUUGAGUUGUAUUUGGAAGAGAUAUUGUCCUUGAUGCAGUUAGGGGAGGACUACACAGAAUUCAUGGUGUCCACUAUUAAGGGGUUGAGUUCAGUUGAUCCGGAAUUGGGUCCACGUGCUACUAAGGCUUUUAGAAAUGGAAGCUUUUGUAGAUCAAUUCAAGAUAUAACUGGAUACUAUGUUAUUCUUGAGGGGUUCUUCAUGGUGGAGAAUGUGAGGAAAGCUAUCAACAUUGAUGAGCAUGUGCCGGAUAGUCUCACCACCUCAAUGGUGGAUGAUGUGUUCUAUGUUUUGCAGAGUUGCUUGCGAAGGGCGAUAUCAACUUCAAAUAUAAACUCAGUGCUUGCACUUCUUAGUGGUUCAAUUAGUUUGUUGGGUAAUGAAUACCAGGAAGCACUGCAACAGAAAAUGAGAGAGCCUAAUCUUGGAGCAAAGCUGUUCUUGGGUGGUGUUGGUGUGCAAAAGACUGGGACAGAGAUUGCAACCGCACUGAAUAAUAUGGAUGUGAGCAGUGAGUAUGUCCUGAAACUGAGGCAUGAGAUAGAAGAGCAAUGUGCCGAGGUAUUUCCUACACCGGCUGAUAGAGAGAAAGUGAAAUCCUGUUUGUCCGAAUUGGGUGAGAUGAGCAACAUCUUCAAGCAAACCUUGAAUGCUGGCAUGGAGCAACUUGUGGCAACUGUGACACCCCGAAUCCGUCCAGUGUUAGAUAGUGUUGGUACCAUUAGUUAUGAGCUGUCAGAGGCUGAAUAUGCAGAUAAUGAGGUGAAUGACCCAUGGGUCCAGAGGCUACUCCACGCUGUUGAGACCAAUGCAACAUGGCUUCAGCCAGUAAUGACUGCCAAUAACUACGAUUCAUUUGUUCAUCUGAUCAUAGACUUCAUUGCAAAAAGGCUUGAAGUGAUCAUGAUGCAGAAGAGGUUCAGCCAGCUUGGAGGUCUUCAACUUGAUAGAGAUGCAAGGGCACUGGUACACCAUUUUUCCAGCAUGACACAGAGGACUGUCAGAGACAAGUUUGCUCGUCUUACCCAGAUGGCAACCAUCCUUAACUUAGAGAAGGUUUCCGAGAUCCUAGAUUUCUGGGGUGAAAACUCAGGUCCCAUGACCUGGAGGCUAACUCCGGCAGAGGUGAGGAGAGUGUUAGGUCUGAGGAUCGAUUUUAAACCUGAAGCAAUUGCAGCUCUUAAGUUGUAAUCCCCUCCAGGGUUCAUGCUUUUUUUGUUCAUUUUCCUUGUGUAGGGUUUCUGCUUCUUUUAAAUCCAAUUUUUUCAAAUCGUAUAUUUAAGGGAGACAGACAGCUACCCACCAUGGGGAUUUCUUCCCUCUCCCACUCCGUUGUUUGCUAUAUGUCGGAUAU